GUAAAGUCCAGGAAUGCUGGAUCAGCCACCUAAGCACAAUGAGCAAGGAGGCUAAGAAGAGAGCCACCAUAGAGAGCCAGCUAAACUCCUGGAACUCCAUCAGCGCCUCCUGGAGCCUCUCAUAUCACCAGGUCCAGAUGGUCCAGAUGGAAGUAAGAGCAGCUCAGCCCUCUUCAGCCUGUGAAUGUCAGCACACAAAUGGUCUGUACGAACGUGGUACCAACGAUGGACAUCAGGAGCUUCUUUCAACGAAAAAACUCAGAUGAGUCAAGAGAAAUUGAGGAGGAAAGGACACACCAAACAGUCUCGUGGCUGAAGCCUUCAAAACGAAAACGAUCAGAAUCAGAGGUGGACUCCCAGGAUGAUAACUCCCACAGCCAGCAUAAUGUUGCAGCCGGUCAGAGUGAGACGCAAGCUUAUGAAUGCAGCAGCAGUGACAGUGCUGAGGUUUCCACGACUACUGUUGAUUAUGCUAAUGACACAUCCGCUGACAAGAACAAUGACUUUGAGCAACAGUGGCCAGAAUGUUGGUCCCAAGCACAGAUACACUAUUUCUCCACAACGUAUAGGUGGCUAAUCAGCAAAAAUAAAAAGUUGGGCUGUAGUACUUGUAGCCACAUAAAUGCACGCAUGGAUAUGCAGCAAGGACAGAGAGUGUCACCGGAGUGGAGUCGGUGCUUAGUUUCUUCAUUUGGAAAGGACAAGGCUGCACAAAACAACUCGCUGCGAAAGAAAAUUAAAGAACACAAAGACUCAAAAUUUCACAAGAAAGCAGUUGAGAUAAAAGAGAGGGCAGCAGACAACACUAUGAAAAAACACAUUGAGGACAUGCAAAAGGCUGAUUAUAAUUCCACUUGUAAUGUGUUUAGAACAGCAUACAAGACUGGCAAGCACGUGCGUCCCUUCACAGAUAUGCCAGUUGAUGUCCAACUGCAAGUUUUAAAUGGAGUGAAUAUGGGCCGAGUUUUGCACUCAAAUAACACGUGUGCACACAUACUGGAUCACAUUGCAGCUGCAAUGAAAGAGAAAAUAGUUAAUGAGAUUGUGAUGAAUCGUAGAAAACUGUGUGUGCUCAUUGAUGAGUCCACUACAAUAAGUGGAAAGUUUGUGUUAGUCGUGUGCCUUCGCGCAGCUAUAGCAGGUAGAGCCAGAUACUAUAUUUUUUGAACUGAUUGAGCUGCAGGACACUUCAGCAAAGGAAAUAACUGAUGCACUAUGUCUUCAAAAAAAGGCUUUGACCCUUGUUUUUUACAGGACUAUUUGUUGGCCUUCGCUUGUGACGGAGCAUCAGUGAUGCUUGGGAGGAAAGCAAGAGUCGCUGCACAGCUUUGUUGCAAAUUCCCUAACUUUUGUCUGGCAUUGUUCUAACCACAGACUGGAACUGGCAGUAUGUGAUGUUUUGAAGGAGGUUGGGGGAAUCGAUCACUUCAAUUUUUUUUUAGAUCAGCUGUACUCCCUCUACCAUGCAUGCCCAAAAAAAUCAAAGAGAAUUAACUGAGAGUGUGUUGGACAGUGUCUUCUUGUGAUUGGAUGUGUUUUAUCAGUGUGUUGGGUUGCUUCAAGUGAGAGAACAGUGAAAGCAGUAUGGGAAAACUAUCAAGCUCUGCAGAUGCACUUCAAAAGUGCUGCUGCUGAUACCAACAGGAAUUCAUGCGAGAGAGCAAAAUACAAAGGACUUAAUGACGUUCUUACUUCUGUCUCCUUUGUGGCCAAUCUUAGUGUCAUGUAUGAUGCUCUCACAGAACUCCGUGACCUCUCAAGAAUGCUCCAGAGACGAGACGUGACAUUGGACCAAGCCGACAGGUUGCUAGCCCGGCAAAUCCGUGUCUUUGAGUCAAUGGUGUCCACACCUGGUUCACAAACACAAGUGGCAAUCGAAGCAGAAGAGAAGAAAAUCUUCAGAAAUGUAAAGCUGCAUGAAAAUCAAAGGGUUCCAAAAAUCAAUCCCGCACAGUUUUUCCGUAGCCUGGCUGUAAAUGUGCAGGAUGACUCCCAACAACUUCCUCACAUGUCAGCAGAACCUCGUCUGUAAAGACAGACAGUCUACUCCUCAACGAUGUCCAGGUCCUCCAGUCUGACUCCUGGCCUGCAACACCAGAUAUUCGGAACGGCGUUGCGGAGGUCAGACGUUUAUGUGAGAGAUUCAAAAUUGAGGAAAGGGAAAGUGUCUUAGGAUUUAGGGAGUAUAAAGACCUAAAAGCUUACAAAAUACCAGCAGCCCUGAAGCCUCUUCUUAAAGCUGUCCACACCAUUGCAGCAUCAACAAGUGAAUGUGAACGAGCUUUCAGUUCAAUGAAUGACACUCUCACUGAUAAAAGAAACUCACCUCACAUCAAAAGGCUUUCAAAUCUGAUUUUCCUCAAAUGCAACGGACCACCAUUGGAUCAAUUUAAUGCAAAAAAGUUAUGUGAGGUCAUGGCUGGCAACAGGGAGAAGGAGUGCAACAUGUACAUCCUGUGAAGCCCCUAGUGCUAACAAAGUGAACCCCAAGGCCUGCUGGAGCCUUUUCUGAAAUGACUUGGACAAUGGUUGUGUCAGGUUUAAGCACCUAAGACACCAUAUAACAACACAACACAAGGAAAGAGACACAAAAGUCAGAAUUCUGCUCGAGGAGAAUGGAAUAAGGCCACACCAACCCAGUCUCCACUGAGCUGACAGUUCCUCAAACCAUUCUGGCCUUUGGAAUCCGAGCACCUCUAUUUGUUACAAGUUGGGAGCUUCCCUAGAUACAUGCCUGAAGAGCUGAUCUAAAGGGUGGGGGGGAACGCAGCUCUCAGUCUUAAACUGUUACAAGUUUAAAACAAAGAGCAUUCAUUAUUACACAAAGAACUUUCAGUGUCUAAUCACACGAUGAGUAGCAAACAGUUUGCACGAGUCAGCAAUUGACAGAACAGCAGAUCUCCACAGGUCAUCAUCCUCAGGUCACAUUAGGUCAGAUUUUAACACCCAUAGACUCUCAUGAGGGGACUUUACAAUACAGCAACUGUUUAAGCAUUCAAAUGGUAAAAUCAUUAAGCAUAAAGCAUGAUAAAUGAAAACAUGAAUAAUUCCAUCAGGUUGUUAUUGUAUGUGCAAUUUGUUAAUUUGGCACGGCACAGUCUGGUUACAUUUUUUAAAUUACUUUUGAAGAUCUGAAGAUUUUAACUUGAUAUUAUGCUUGAAAAUGUUCUAUGUAGUUUCAACAAGUUACAUAUAAGCUAAAGUCACUGGCGUAGUGUUUUUAUUAGUUAGUUUAUGUAUAUUUUAACAUUAUUUUGAUCUCCUGCAUAAUUUAUUUAAUUAUGCAUAAGUCACUUUGAUUCACUAUUUCAAGAAUUUCUGUUACGCUGUUGUAGGUUGCCUGAUUGCUAAUUAAUAAAGCAAAGGAAAUGGUAUACUUUCACUUGAACUCGUUUAAUGUCCUGAUUUUUUGUUUUUUGGCUCCCUGCCUUUUUGGACUUAUUCUUAAUAAAAGGAUUUUAUGUUAUUGCUCCACUGUCA